CCAUAAAUCAAAAUGUCCGAUUCCACAUAACUCUCAUCUUUCCUGAGUUUCACAGAGCCUGUACGUCUAUCAUCUACAACAAAGGAUCAUCCCGGCAGACGCCAUUUUCGUCACAUGCCGGUAUUUCUCUGACACUGUUAUCAAAUGCUCAUGGGCACCUAUGGCUUCAGGGGCUACAAAACUGAAAGAAAUUCAAAUCGCGGUUCUCGGUGUGCCGAAUACGGGCAAGAGGUGCAUUGUUGAGGGCGUAAGCUUCGAAUCUCGCCAUUUUGCCACACCCCAAGCAUUGCUGAUGUGCCAUACUACCGGUUCGUCUGGUCCUUUUACUCUGCAGGACCCCAAUAUGAUCCCUUCGGUAUGCGUCCGAGAAAACAACGCAUUGUCGCUGGUGAGCACUGCUUGAUCGAUAUCGACAAGAUCCAGGGUGGAUGGGCUUCAAGCGAAGAGGCGCUCAAUGAUUUGUUCAGAGCUACAACCACUCACUCAGAUGUGCUCAUGCUUGUUUUUGAUGUGGGAAAUCGAGAAACGCUAGUCAAGCUUGUGAACAACUAUCCGGCCAUUCAACGCUUCUUAGAUAGCGCGGAUCGCUGCCGUCAUGUCGUGAUCGUUGGUGCGAAAGCGGAUAUUCCAGUCGAGGAACGCGAAAUUAGCGUGGAAAAGGGCAUGCAGGUUGCAGCCAAAGUGGGUGCGAUGUAUCGGGAGUGUUCGGCGAAGGAGAGGAUCGGGGUGGAGGAACUUGUGGACGAUGUUGCCAAGGUAGUGCUGGCGGAGAGGGAGAGGCUGCGAGUGCUGGCACUGAAGGAUGGAAACGAAGAUCUAACAGACGUGAGUGGAAAAUAUGGGGAUAGGUUCUGGCAGAGGUUUCAAGGAUGGCUGAAACUAGAGAGUGCAAGGCGCAAGUAAGUAAGUACCAUUCAGUAAAUGAGACAGCAAGGUUCUGGGUCAAAGCACUACUUCAGUCGAAACUUUUAAGAAUAGGUGCAAAGGAGAGCACGUAUGCCCUAGAGAGGUUUAUACAGUUUCAAAGUAAUUAAAAUAAAAGCCGUACUAAAGCCUUAUAAGAAAUGGAGAACAAGCACGCUCUACCUGGGUAUUGACUGCGGAGACCCCUAGAGGAGCGGAAGAGACAAAAAGAAAAUCCUAGAGCUGGGAAGAUGAAGAACAGCAUCUAUACGAGUUGAGUUCCCAACUUUCUUUAAUCAUAAGAGAUCCCCGAAGGGUCGCGCAAGACGAAGGCAAUAUAGGUGUUAAGAGUUGAGGCUAGUAAAGGUGACCAUAGGCUUUGCACUAUGCGCCUCAUGUAUCUUAUCGAAGGGCGUCUGUGUAUAGCUGGCACGAAAGAGAGGAAAAGUAACGAAAGAAUUAUCAACA